AUGGCGUCUCUCGGCAAAUUAACUAAUGCAUUUCUACAAGCAUCCCAAGAAACAACCUUUACUCUAGCCAACCUCAACUUUAACUUCGCUCUUAUUAAGUGCGACGCCCCAGAGGAGUACAAAGGGUUGGGUGAAUCGCUCUCAGUACGAAGAAAGGCAGCAGCUGAGGAUGGAUCGAUUCAUAUCACAGCCCGGAAGCUCACUUCACUGUUUCGGAGCCUUGUUCCACCUGUGCCUAAUCUGAUCAAAGCCUAUGGGAUACGCUCCAGCGAAAUCGCAAGCUUGCCGAAUCUCAAUCCCCGAGGUAGCGUGAAGCAGGGGAUAUUCGCUGACCACGUUGGUGCAGAUGGCACAAGCAUAUGGGCCUCGGCCACGUCUGGAAAAGACGCUGUCACCACACACUUGCUUGCAUGCAUGUUGGCUAGAAUCUGGAAGCGGGAACAAGCCGUUCCUAUUUGGAUGGAAUUUGUAGAGCAAAGAAAGGCGAUUCUUCAAGCUUCUAUUGCAGAAGCUGAAGGCCAGUUUCAGGUCGAUGAUCUUGCGGCGACUCGGAUCGAAGUAAGCAGAAGCGAGUUAGACGAGUGGGACUCUAGUGCAAGAGCGUGGCUGCAAACCGCGGAUAUGGGCCAAAAGCUCCGCCAGACUCAACUUCGCCUAAUCGUCGAUAACAUUUCUUUGCCAGUUUCCACAAGUAGAAACAUCUAUACAGCGAUUUCGGAUGCGUGGACAAGUGCUAUGCAGACCUUGGAGAGUCUUAUUAAUGGCGCUCCCCAGCGGAUUGAUAAUGGCGCAGUGCUUCUGGGCUUGUCAGCAUGGCAUUUAUAUCCUGACAUACUUCUUGCCGGUACAAAUCAGCUCAUCACGCAGUCAGAUCCUCUCAUCAGCUCGGGCGGCAUUAUAACCGUUGGAUUACGUAACAAGCAUGAGGAUAGCAAAGGAGUAGUCUGGUCGCUACCGUUGACCCAGGCAAGGUAUUACGGUGAACCUGUUGUGGCGACCAGACACGCUGGGGUAGAGGAAUCGAACGUCUUGUUUGAAGAAUCUAUGCUUGUGGUUGUUGGGAGCGUGGUUGGUUCAUGGCAACUGCCUUUCGAAACUGACGAUGCAUUGGAUCUGAUCCGGAUCAUAGCGAACUCGGUACAGUGGCACGAUUCUUCUUUCGAGACACAUACUACAAACCAUGGCAAACCUACAAACCCACUUCGAUCUAUGCAUGGACAGGACUGGGUGGAAUGGAUAUCAUUGCUUGGACGAUCAGUUGACUUUUACAUUGAAGCACUUGGUACUGAUAAACAGAAUCUUAUGCGACUUAUCAAGUAUGGUCAACGCAAUUGCUCGAAGCUUCUGUCAUCACGAAAGUACUUCCCUGCACCUGUCUUUGGUCUGACAGGAUUUUCGCAACUUUUGAGUCCCUUUGAUCCUGGGUCCGAACCUCAAAUCGAGCUUUUGCGAAAGUGGGCAACAAGGGAACUCGAUCCCCAUCUCAUCAAGAAUGCCCUCAUUAGAUAUCGAAAAAGUCCUUAUGGGAGGUUUUACUAUACCAACGUGGUUGGUCGUUUCGAAGCCAAGCGGCGUCGAACCAUGAACCCUUCAAGCAAGGUGCCUCGCGAUGUCCCGGUGUUUCACUGGAGUGAUGACGAAGACCAGUACGAAUACCAGUACGAAGACACCCUACUGAGUCUCUUUGUUGAACAACAGAUUGGUGCUCUUUCUCUUCCUCCCCCAUCAACAGAAGAGGGUGAUACCGUAGAUCUACCUCCUGGACCUGGUUGCAAACCCGAACCCCAUACAUUUUUGUGUGGUAUCCGAGAAUCAGCUGCGGUCUACAUUCGAUCAAAUACUGGAAUUAAACUACCGGUCAAGAAUAACCAGAUGAGCGUCAUGCAGCUCUAUAGGUGCAUCAAGGAGCUCGAUAUUAGCCCAAGGCACAUUGCGCUCGCAUUCAAUGAUGUCGGCAAAUCAACCCUCUCUUCCAAGACCAUCACGUAUUUCGAAUCCCUCUGCGCAAUUGGCGCUGCGGCUAAGAUUUAUGAAAAGCUGCCUGGCGCCCAGGUCAAUCUGCAAGCUAUGUCUCUGCGUGUGAGUAAGGCAAAAUGGUGGCAAAGUAUGCAGGCUACAUCAGCGGACAGGCUGCAAACUGUUAUGAGCUGUAUCGCUUAUUUCGAAACGGGGGCUCAUGAUGUGGACCCUAAGAAUCUUGGAGAGCAUACCUUUGCUGUCUGUCACGCAACAUCCAUCUUUGUGGCGAGUCGGCUCUUGGAUGACCCGAUUGACGAUACUCUCCAGUACUCCGUAGAGAGAAUCGUUGGAAAUGUGGGCAAACCGGGGCUGUCGUUCCUUAUUACACCACCUGAUUCAAAAAGCAGGAAAUUCAAUGCUUCAUCUUGGCGCUUGGUCAACCAUGAGAAAUAUGAUGGGAAGAUGCAGGAUAGCUUUCAUGGAACAUCGUUCCACCUUUCUUUUACCGGAUAUGAGCUUCCUCUAGAUGUCGGCCAACGAAGUGGGAGAGAUAUUCCAGCAUAUUUACUUGAAACCGCCAUAUCAGUCUAUGACAAGGGCGAAUGGGUAACCGAUUUGGAUAUCCUAAAAGCUUCGAAGCACUGGAGUAAAGCACCCAAAAUAUCAUGCUUGCACACUCCUGGAGAUCGGCAUCCCCCACCCUACCUAUCACUUAUAUCUGUUGAUUCCUGGAUAGAGAUCCUGGAUCCUCCUCCAGAUGGUCAGCAUGCGGUUGUACGGGCGAGUGGUAACCCCAUAGCAAGACUUGCAACCGCAUCCUUGGCUUUACAGAAGAGUCGAAAAGUUCUCAUUCUUCCCCCAAAUGUCUGCUGGGAUUGCCAAGGGUUAUCAUUUGUCUCUGUGCAGAAUGCUAGUAUGGACUUGCAACUGGAAGAUACGCCUUUUCCCGAGCCCUCAUUCCAGGUUAAUGAUGACCCGAAGCUCUACGGUGGGUCUGGGAGUGAAGGCGAAUGUGGAGAUCGGGAGAUAGAUCAAUGGUCUGAUAUCUCAGAAUCUGAUGGUCCAGGUGAUAGAAUGGUUUGUGGAAAGAAUAAUGAUCCUACUGAAUUGGGAGUAUUUCUUAUCUACUAA